AUGAACUUAUUAAAAUAUUCUAAAGAUUUUCCAUCAUUACUACAUUUAGUACGAAAUAAUCCAUACCCGGUAUACCCAGAAUAUUCUAGUUUUUUAUCAAGACUUAAAACAUAUGAAUCAUGGGCAUCAACUUUAUUGAAAGAUAAAUAUUCGCUUGCUGAAUGCAGUUUUAAGUAUACAGGAACACAAGAUAUGAUACAAUGCUUCUUUUGUGGUUUGAUUUUAAAAAAUUGGAUGCAAGGAAGUGGUGAUGCAUGGUUUGAACAUUCUAAGUCGAACCCAAAUUGUAUAUUUGUAAUAUUAUAUAAAGGAAAUCAGUUUAUAGAAAAUGUUAAA